UGUUGGAGUUCUGGCCAAAGGGAGCCCCAGCAGAAGGAAACCUUUAAACCCUCGGGCUUUUCUUAGAGGCCUAAACUUUGGUGCUGCGGGAGUUCCCGCUAUGUCAUCAUUAUGAGCAUUACAUUGGGUGGAGGCUAUUUAGUCUGAACCAAACCACAGAAUCUGGUAUCCAGCUCCCUGGGUCUAGAAUAUUGCAAAAGUGGCUCAGCUCAUAGAAGGAGGACCUGAGUAAAGUAAUUGAAAAAAAAAAAUCUGGAUACAAAACAGAAUGUUGGAAAGAGGCUGUUUUAGCAGGCGUCACACCAUGCGUUUGCAGAGUUUCCGAUUAAAGAUUGACGUUCCUGCAUAAGCAUUUCCCUGUUAAAAUGUCCUUGCCUCUUACAGAGGAGCAGAGGAAAAAAAUUGAAGAGAAUCGACAGAAGGCUCUGGCCCGUAGGGCUGAGAAAUUAUUAGCAGAACAACAUCAGAGAGCAGGCGUGGGCUCUUCCUUUGCUGCCCAGCCUGCCCAGUCCAAGCAGAGCUCUUCCCAGAAUGUCCCCAGGGAUCCUUCCAAGCCAGGAAGCCAUGGUGUCAUUUUCAAGCAGCAGAAUCCCAGUACUUCUUCUAAUGGUGACCGAAGACCUUAUAAUUCCCACAGUUGUCAUCCCAGCACUCCAGAGCAGGCAAAGGGGACGUGGAAGAGGCAAGAAGAGACGCCCACAGCCUGCCCAAGUCACAGCCCCCCAAGUCAAACGACUCUCACUGGGAUCUCCCCUCCCUUGGCACAAAGUCCUCCACAGGUGCCCAGCCAACAGCUCUUGGGUUGUGAGUUAGGUCAAGGUCCUCCUCAGGCUUCACAGGAGACCAAAUGGACACCUUUUGCGAACACGACUCCUAAGCCUUUGGCCAAAGCAAGGAGUUUCCAGAAGACACCAGCUCCUUUCUCUGGACAGCCUCCCAGGGAUCCUGAAUUAGGGGCGAAUAUGAUGAGUCCUUCCACCUUGAGGCAGCAUAUUCCUGACAUCCCCUGUGGCUCAGGGAGCGUGGCCCCCGGAACGGAAGGAGGACUCCCACAGAAAUUGGGGGCCUCGCUCCACAAAGCAGUGAGCUCCCAGAACGGGGUGUGCGUGAGGAAUGGGGACCGUUUCCAGGUGAAGAUCGGGUACAAUGCGGAGCUCAUCGCAGUGUUUAAGAGUCUACCCAGCAGAAGUUAUGAUCCUGCCACUAAGACGUGGAACUUCAGCAUGACCGACUACAGUACCCUGAUGAAGGCAGCCCAGCGCCUCCCCAAGGUCACCCUGCAGCCUUUGGAAGGGGCCGAGGGCAGUGUGGCGCAGACCCACCUCCCUUCAGCCCCCUCGCUUGGCUUUGUCAAAGGGCGAUGCGUGCUCAUCUCCCGGGCCCGCUUCGAAGCAGACAUCGGCUAUUCAGAAGACCUGAUUGCACUGUUUAAACAGAUGGAUUCCAGAAAUUAUGAUGUCCAGACCAAGAAGUGGAACUUUCUGUUGGAAGAGCACAGUAAACUAAUUGAGAGGGUGCGCUGCCUUCCGCAAGUUCGGCUGGAUCCUCUGCCCACGACACUCCUCCUGGCGUUUGCUUCUCAGCUCGAGCAGACGUCUCUGCGUCCCGCAGCCGACAUCCCUGAGGCCGACCUUUCUGGAGUGGACCCCAAGCUCGUGUCGAACCUGCUGCCCUUUCAGAGAGCUGGAGUCAAUUUUGCUGUAGCAAAGGGAGGCCGCCUGUUGCUCGCUGACGACAUGGGCCUGGGGAAGACCAUCCAAGCCAUCUGCGUCGCGGCCUUCUACCGGAAGGAGUGGCCACUCCUGGUGGUGGUGCCGUCCUCUGUGCGCUUCACCUGGGAGCAGGCCUUCCUUCAGUGGCUGCCGUCUCUGAGCCCAGACCACAUCAAUGUCGUGGUGACCGGCAAGGACCACCUGACGGCUGGUUUGGUCAACAUUGUCAGUUUUGACCUUCUGAGCAAGUUGGAAAAACAGCUAAAACAGCUAAAAAGUCCUUUUAAAGUUGUCAUCAUUGAUGAGUCUCACUUCCUCAAAAACAGUAAGACCGCCCGCUGUCGCGCAGCCACUCCCCUCCUCAAGGUGGCCAACCGGGUGAUCUUACUGUCGGGCACGCCAGCCAUGUCCCGGCCUGCAGAGCUCUACACACAGAUCCUUGCGGUCAAGCCAACUUUCUUCCCUCAGUUUCAUGCCUUUGGACUUCGCUACUGUGACGCCAAGCGGAUGCCCUGGGGCUGGGACUACUCAGGCUCCUCCAACCUUGGGGAGCUGAAGCUCCUGCUGGAGGAGGCGGUCAUGCUGCGCCGCCUCAAAUCCGACGUCCUUUCCCAGCUUCCAGCCAAGCAGCGCAAGAUGGUGGUGGUUGCCCCGGGCCGGAUCAACGCCAAGGCCAGAGCUUCCCUGGACGCAGCAGCCAAGGAGAUGACCACCAAGAACAAGACUAAACAGCAGCAAAAGGAGGCUCUCAUUCUCUUCUUCAACAGAACAGCUGAGGCUAAAAUUCCAUGCGUCAUUGAAUAUAUCCUGGACCUCCUGGAAAGUGGAAGAGAGAAGUUUCUUGUGUUUGCACACCAUAAGGUGGUUCUGGAUGCAAUUACUAAAGAGCUUGAGAGAAAGCACGUGCAGCACAUCCGCAUCGAUGGCGCCACCUCCUCCGCAGACCGAGAGGCUCUGUGCCAGCAGUUCCAGCUGUCCGAGAGGCACGCCGUCGCCGUGCUGUCCAUCACCGCUGCCAACAUGGGCCUCACCUUCUCCUCGGCGGACCUGGUGGUGUUCGCUGAACUGUUUUGGAACCCAGGGGUGCUGAUCCAGGCUGAGGACCGGGUGCACCGCAUCGGACAGUCGAGAUCUGUGGGCAUCCACUACCUCGUGGCGAGAGGCACAGCUGACGACUACCUUUGGCCCCUGAUUCAAGAGAAGAUUAAAAUUCUGAGUGAAGCCGGGCUUUCUGAGACCAAGUUUUCAGAAAUGACAGAAGCCACCGAUUACCUCUACAAGGACCCAAAGCAGCAGAAGAUCUAUGACCUAUUCCAGAAGUCCUUUGAGGAAGACGGAAGUGACAUGGAGCUCCUGGAGGCAGUGGAGUCCUUUGACCCCGGAAGUGGUUCUCAGGACACAGAAGACACCCUGGAUGAAAGCACGUCGACGGGCAGUCCACUGAAGAAAAGGAGGUUUGAAUUUUUUGAUAACUGGGACAGCUUCACCUCUCCCCUAUAAGAGGGGCAAAAAAAGCAUUUAAAAAUCACGGAAUUCAUUAAAAUAAAAUAAGACA